CCCUAGGCUCCUUCAAUGGUGCCUUAGCCUCCGUCCCUGCCCAUGACCUGGGCGCGACCGUCAUCAAAGAAGUCCUGAAGAGAGCCGCCGUGGCUCCCGAAGAGGUGUCGGAGGUCAUAUUUGGACACGUCUUGGCAGCAGGCGUCUUCUGAUGAACCUGGACUAGGCCACCGUCCUCCACGGCCUUCUUCGUUCUUUAGAACCAGGCCCAGCACACCCAUCAAGAGUACACACGGCCCUCCAUACGCCCCUAAAGUGCCACACAUCUAGCCCAAAUGUGUGAAUUCCUCCUUUGUGCCCUGCACUGUGCCAGGUGCUGGCGACAGGGCUCCAACAACACAGGUUGUGGGCAGAAUCCUGUUCGACAAGCCAGUGUGGGUGCAGGAAUCCCUUACUCGGUUCCAGCAUGGAGCUGCCAAAUGGUCUGUGGGUCAGGCCUAAAAGCCGUGUGCCUUGCAGCCCAGUCAGUAGGGAUAGGAGACUCCAGCAUUGUGGUUGCAGGAGGCAUGGAAAGUAUGAGCAAGGCUCCUCACUUGAUUCAUUUGAGGGCAGGAGUCAAGAUUGGGGAAAUGCCACUGGCCGACAGCAUACUCUGUGACGGGCUUACUGACGCAUUCCACAGCUACCACAUGGGCAUUACAGCUGAAAAUGUAGCCAAAAAAUGGCAAGUGAGCAGAGAAGAUCAGGACAAGUUUGCAGUUCUGUCCCAGAACAGGACAGAAAGUGCGCAGAAAGCUGGCUAUUUUGACAAAGAGAUUAUACCAGUUUUCGUAUCUUCUAGAAAAGGUCUUACUGAAGUGAAAGCAGAUGAAUUUCCUCGCCAUGGGACCAACAUAGAAGCCGUAUCAAAGUUAAAGCCUUACUUUCUUACAGAUGGAACAGGGACAGUCACCCCAGCUAAUGCUUCAGGAAUAAAUGAUGGUGCUGCAGCUGUGGUUCUUAUGAAGAAGUCAGAGGCUGCGAAUCGAGGGCUCACACCGUUAGCACAGAUAGUUUCCUGGUCACAAGUAGGUGUGGAACCUUCCAUUAUGGGGACAGGACCAAUUCCAGCGAUAAAGCAAGCUGUUGCAAAAGCAGGUUGGUCCCUGGAGGAUGUGGACAUAUUUGAGAUCAACGAAGCUUUUGCAGCCCUCUCUGUUGCAGUAACUAAAGAACUGGGAUUAAAACCAGAGAAGGUCAACAUUCAAGGAGGGGCUAUAGCCUUGGGCCACCCUCUUGGAGCAUCUGGCUGUCGGAUUCUUGUUACCCUGUUACACACGAUGGAGCGGAUGGGUGGACACCGUGGUGUUGCUGCCCUGUGCAUCGGGGGUGGGAUGGGCAUAGCCAUGUGUGUUCAAAGAGGAUGAAAUUGCUUAACAAUUAAUCAUGCCUAAACUCAACUGGAACCUAAUCUCUUUUUAAACUAAAAAGGUACUAAAUUACAGUAUGUGAAAUCACAGGACCAAAGUGAGGAUGGAAAACAUCUUUCGUAAGAACCCAAGGCUUGACAGCUUGUUAUUUUUUAAUGUGUAAUACUCGAGGAACAAGAGAAGUGCAUCCAACAUUGUUAUAAAUAAAAGAGAAAGCAGAUCAGUCA